GCUGUACCUGAGGCGGUCGCUGUCGCCAUGGAGGAGAUUUAUGCCAAGUUUGUGUCUCAGAAAAUCAGCAAAACCCGCUGGCGGCCGGUGCCUCCGGGGAGCCUGCAGACCGCAGAGACCUUCGCUACGGGCUCUUGGGACAACGAGGAAAAUCGUGUUUCCCUGUGGUCUAUUGGCGAUUUUGGGAACUCGGACUCUGAUGGAGGGUUUGAAGGAGACCAUCAGUUACUGUGUGACAUCAAACACCAUGGUGACGUGAUGGACUUACAGUUUUUUGACCAGGAAAGGAUUGUAGCUGCUUCAUCAACAGGAUGUGUAACAGUUUUCCUUCACCAUCCAAAUAACCAGACUCUGUCAGUCAGCCAGCAGUGGACGGCCGCUCACUACCACACGAGCCCAGGCAGCCCCUCCUGUUGCAGUGCACCCUGCACGGGUAUCGUGUGCAGCAACCCAGAAAUUGUCACAGUUGGAGAAGAUGGUCGGAUAAAUCUUUUCAGGGCUGAUCACAAGGAGGCUGUGAGAACUAUAGACAAUGCAGAUAGCAGUACACUCCAUGCUGUAACCUUCCUUCGAACUCCUGAGAUUCUUACAGUUAAUUCAAUUGGACAGUUAAAAAUAUGGGAUUUCAGACAACAAGGAAAUGAGCCCUCUCAGAUAUUAUCACUGACUGGUGACCGAGUGCCACUCCACUGUGUUGACAGACAUCCCAACCAGCAGCAUGUUGUAGCUACUGGGGGCCAGGAUGGAAUGUUGAGUAUCUGGGAUGUUAGACAAGGCAUCAUGCCUGUGUCUCUGCUCAAGGCUCAUGAAGCUGAAAUGUGGGAAGUUCAUUUCCACCCAUCCAAUCCCGAUCAUCUUUUUACUUGUUCUGAAGAUGGAUCCCUCUGGCACUGGGAUGCCUCCACAGAUGUACCUGAAAAAUCAUCACUGUUUCACCAAGGAGGAAGAAGUACUUUUCUGUCUCACAGCAUCAGUAACCAGGCUAACGUUCACCAGUCUGUCAUAAGCUCCUGGCUCAGCACUGAUCCUGCAAGAGACCGUAUUGAAAUCACAAGCUUGCUUCCCAACAGGACUCUGUCUGUGAACAGUUUGGAUGUUUUAGGUCCUUGCCUUGUUUGUGGAACUGAUGCAGAAGCAAUUUAUGUUACUAGACAACUGUUUUCAUGAAAAUACUGUAAUUACAAGAUUUCAGGUAAAAACAUACAGUUAGCCUCUCAAAUUCCAACUUCUAUGCAAAUUUUUAUUAUUGGAAAAUGUGAAAUUUGCAGGGGAAACAUCAGUAAACUGUUAAUGUCAAUGCCCAGUUUCGGAUUUUGUGAGUUGGCUAUUCCCCUAAGAGUUGCAGAAUCUCACCGAGUUUGAUGGCAGAAGGGUUGGAGCGUGUGGAAGAACGUCAGAGGGAUCCCUGUGCUGAUGAGUACACUGCCUGCAGACAGACUCUGGACAGCCCAUGGAGCCUACUCUUCAGUUUUGAUGUGAGACUUACCACUGUCAAACACCAACAGGUUCCUAUCCCUUUUAUCAACAGUAUGUGGGGGAUACCCUAUGCCUUUCCCUGGUGGCAUUAGCCAAGGUUAAUGUUUGUUCUUCUUGUUGCAAGUAUUUUCUUCAAUCAUUCCACGUUUUAUUUCCUUAAUAAUUUUAAUAAACUUUUUCAGAAAGAACUGAGUAGAACAAAAAUGACAAAUUUUUUGUUGCGUUCAAAUUUUUUUAAAGGUGAAAAUGUUUUGACCGGUUCCUUCAGUAGAAUAGGUUUGAACAGAACUCCGUCAGCUGCUUAGACCUAACUUUUUCUUGAAAAGAAAAAUACAUUUUUCCUAAGGAUUUUUGCUUUUGUUAGUUUUACAGUCUAGUUAAAAAUUACCAAACUGGACAUUGUGCAAUAAAACAGAAUUUGACGUUGAUAAGUGAGCCAACUUCCAAAUUAAAAUUUGAUAGGUAACAUGUAUGAGACUAGUAUGACGAUGUGGAAAGAGUAAAGGAUUCUGCCAUCUUUUUCUUUAUCCAAAAUGUUAAUGAUCACCUAACACAUAAUGUUUUAAGACAAUCUUAUGACAUUGUCUUUCUAAAGUUUCUUAGAUUAAAUGCAUUAUUGAACUAAGACCUUAAUGACAAAUCACUGCUAUUAUACAAUUGAAGUGUGUGUUCAUUUACUUUAUAAUUAUAAUAAUAGUAAUUAUGGUAAAGUUUUCCUUUUCUGUCCUAAUAAAUACUUUCAAUUUUUUAAUGCCACCUUAUCUCAGGGUAUGUUGGUAUUUGGUUUUUUUUGGUCAGCAUUUUAAAAUGGAAUACAUAUAUGCAUCUUCUUUUUUAGAUAUAUUUGAUAUAUUAAUCAAAAAUAUUUGAUUAAAGGUAAUUAGUAACUUUGAAUUCCAAAGACUCAGAGAAGGAAAGAAAAUUUUGCUGCUAGGAAUUUCUAAUCUGUUUAUAGUUUUAUUGCUGGGACUAAUUUUUAAGACUUUCUGUUAUUACAAAAGUAAUUCAUUACAGAAAAAAAGACAAAUUAGUCAAAAGAAAAUUUUAAGUACUUGUAAUCUCAGACAAUAGUCUUCAUACCCUUUUUUAUCCAUCAAUGUGUAUAAUUUUUUUGUAAAAAUGAAAUAUAUCAUACAUAUUUGUGGAUGCACAUUCCCUAGCGGUAAACACAUGGAUUCAAUAAUAAAGCUAUGAAUUUUCCUUUGA